UGAACACGAUAUCGCCGACCUAGAUGAAGCGCAAUCCCAAACCAAGAAGCGACUCCGACGCGAUACCUCCGAUGCGCGCGAGCGGACCAGGCCCCUUUCUUCAAGCAGUAGCUUAGGGCCUGACCCUGAGGAAUGGUACGGCUAUGGCGACGAAAAUGCUUUGUACAAUCUCUUCGCGACCAAUCCUCCGGCACAUUUUACAACAAUAUCACAACCCCAUGGAUCCCAAGGGUUGGACGAGCCCUGGUGGGAACUGCAACGACUCUGAGAUAUUUCUCUCCCUCGAUUUCCCGACCCCCGCGAGACCGAUGCACCGGGUCCGGCGGCGGCCAAAAUACAGCACUUGGGCCAGGAAAGGCAGCAGGCGUACGCGCCAGUGGUCCGAAGGUCCAACCCAGCGUACGGAGACGGAGAUCUCACUGGGAACUCGUGCAGAGCAGCAGUGACAAAGAGGUCUUGCAUAAUACGAGAUCUACUCGACGUGGAGGGCGUGUAUGAUAAUAGCUAUGUGCUUUCCCUCUUGGGCAUGGCCAAGGCCAUUCAGCGAAUCAGCAAGCAAAGCGGUCGGAGUGCGUCGAGGUGGGCAGGGUCGCGAUAAGGUCCGAUAGGAAUGCGUCUAGGAUUACCGGAUCGGGACGGUAGCGCGUCGAGGCUGGGUGGAGAACGGUGGAUCCCAAGUGGAGCAAGGGCUAGGGGU